AUGACACGACAUCACAUAAAUCCACAACAAGAGCUUACAGGAGAAGCUCAGACGACAGACGGCCCUCCGAGUCUAUGCGCGCCUACGACACAAUACCAACAUUUCAUUCCACGGUUCAUAUUGCGAAGAUUCCAAGUCAGACCUGUGAAGUCCAAAACAGAACGACAAAAAGAAUUUCAACACACCGGUGUUCACUACUAUGAUGUCGCUACAGGUGGUCUUGACGUUCGUCCUAUUGGAAAGGUUUAUGGCCUAGAGAAUGCCUACCAGGAUGUCCGCAACACUGAUGACAUCAAUGAACUAGAGAAGAAAUUAGCGGUCCUCGAAGGUCAUGCAGCCUCCAUUAUCAAGCACUUGCAUGAAGCGCUUUCUCAGGGUACUUUGACUCUCAAGCGGAGGCCACUAGAGGACCUGCGGAAGUUCCUAUUCAUCAUGCAUUAUCGCAAUGUAUCGUUCUCCGACAUCUACUUUCAAGCGGAUCACCCGGAGAACGUAAGGAGCCGUCAGUGGAUUGAGUCCUUCAUGCAGGCGAAGGGUCUUCAUUCUGCUGCUGAGAUAUGGCUAUACUUCCUCAGAUACUACCUGGAUACAUCUCAUUCAAACAUCAUGCAAGAUGCUGCAGAACUUGUAGAGAAGUACGGCGAAGGUGGUCUUCAAAAAAUGAUGAUUGAAUCUCAUAUCCCACCUGAUCUCGAACACUUCCCAGCUUACACUUACUACGUUCAGGCGAAUGGCUACUUUCUCAGUAUCUGGGAAGCCGCAGAGGGAGAAGAAUUCAUCAUCACAUCUCACGCAUUUGGUUUAUGGGAAGGUUUGGGAUAUGGGUGCCCUGGCCUGCACUGCAUAUUCAUAGUCAGCCCUCGCAUUGCUAUCGUCCUGCGUCAUGUGCUAUCGCGUCCAGAAUUGAAAGAACACAUGAAGCCUGGUGCCUUCGUGAGCUGCUUGCUCCACGUGAAUCCGGCACCACCAACUCCAAUUUACACCCAUGGAGAACACGGCACACAUAUCGACCAAGUAAAUUUCCAAUCUGCAAUGGCACUUGCACGUUACAGAUCCUCCAAGAAAGGGGAGCAUGACAGUUUUGUGUUCAAGAUCACAAAGCUGUCACGAUCCCAAACUUUGGAAUUCAAUUCUGUUCUAUUAGUGAACGUGACGGAGACAGGCUCCUUGACCUUCCUGUCAAGGGGGAGUAUGCUCCGCAUUGCGUUCCGGAGUUUGCUGGCCAAUAUCCAUGCGAGCGAGCUGCUUAUUCCGCUCAUUGCGCGAUUAAUGGAUUUCACGGAGACAGAAGUGUUGCCUCUUCACCCACCAUCACAGUCGUCAGCAGCUAUCCCCGACCAGGACGUUGGCGCACUUACACACGUUGAUGUAGUGCAUGUGCUUCUAAUGCAGAUAUGCACAGAUAUCAAGCGAUUUGAAACGGCAUACGACAGGGCACAUUUAGUCUUCAAAAUCAUGGAGAAAGCAAAGCCCACUCCAUUCGCAGAUGAAAUCAGUCGAGAAGUCGAGAAGGCUUUCAAGGUCUGCAAAGAUUCGGAGGAUGAAAUGCCUAUCGGAGAGGGCAUCAGUUUCGCUCCCUUGCUCUCUUCAAUUUCCAACGAGUCAUCUUCUCAACUCUUCCAAUUCAUGAUACCGUGCAUGAGCAGACUGGGUGCGGUGAUGUCUGGAGGUAAAAGGAUUUUGGAAAAGCUCCAAGAUGAAGUCACCGUAGUGUGCUUUCUUGCACGUGCGUCGAGCAGCCCAGCAGUGUGGCAUGCACUCUCGUGUACCAGUCCACAGGCCCCUGAAAUCUUGUCAAAACUAUUCAAGGAAGGCACUCCAGGAGAUGCAUAUACUGUGAGCUUCGCACGGUUUGCGUAUCGCCAGCGGGCUUCGCCAUCGUCUUUCUCUUCCGGGUUCCACCUGGCAUAUUCGUUACAAGAAAUGUGCGCAAUGUCUGGGCCAACCACUAAUUUCGUUAGUCGGAGCUACUACCAGUUAACGGCCUCAAUAAUACAAUGUCUUGGUCGCACAAUGCUGGGAUCCCUGCCAGAACCAUAUGCUUCGCAGCCGCGUGAGAGGCCCAAGGCUCGGCUUGUCUACAAAAUCCCAGAAGAGCAUUCAGACUUACUUUUUUCGAAUAUGAAGAUGAUACUGCAGCAUUCGCUCCCGGGAUAUGUGCCGUCGCCAGGAGGGAACACUCCGGAACAGACCCUCAUGAGGUGGAUAGAUGAGAUGGCCAUCGUCGGUUGUCUUGUGUGGUUGGGGAAGCACAGGAGGAAUUAUUUGGACUUCAUUUUGGAUGGGUUUCUGCAGGGUACGGGUUUCAAGCUGUUUGAAGAUGAAGAAGCCACUGGGAGUACCUAG